GCCGCAACACCCCGGCUCCCUCCACCGCAUUCUACAAUUCACCGCACUACCAGUCAGUGAACCAGCCCUGUGCCAUAGUUGUCGCUCGCCGCAAGGCGGCAAAUGCCUUCUCUCCCCAUGCCGUCGCAGCGAUGCAUGCUCUCCAGCUCUGCGUGCGCUAGCGUCGGACAGGGAAUCGCAGCAUCCCGCAGCUCUCGCUGGUCCGUCCAGAUUCCUGAGCCUCGUCCGAUCGGACGGUCAGCCAGGACAUGCGUCGCUCGGCGCGCUUUAGUCGUCGCUGCUUCCCCCGCGCCAGGCGAACAAUCUGACGCGGAAUCAAUGCCUACGCCGUCGCCAGUGCCCAGCAGUCAAGCGGCUCCGCCGGUCACUCAGGUUGCCACCCUUCCUCCCUCACGUAGCGGUUUCGGCGAACCUGCGACGUAUGUUGACGCGGCUGUUACUGCUACGGCUGAUGGAGCGUCGGCCGUGCUCCCGUCCUCCGCAACCCGGUCGUUUUCGGAAGAGCCGUCGCCGCUCGAGCUGUCAGGCCUCGAGGCGGCUCUCGAACAGCAGCCGUGGAUUCUGGUUGCCGUCGCGUCUGUCCUCGUUGUAGUCUACUUCGUUGCCGGAGAAUUGGGUCAUUCCCGGGGGCCGUGAUGAGCAAGCAGGGGGCAGGGGGGCGGUGAGAGGUGGGUGGGGGGGUAAAUGUACAUUGCAGUGUAUACUGUACAUUUGUAUAGGUUGCGAGGACUACAGUCUAGUGUACCAUGUUAAUCCAUGUAGGAUGGUAGGUAGGGACGUUGCUAGUCAAGGCUGCAAGCAGGAGGGCUCUUUUAGUCCAGUGGGUUCAGCUGCCUGUCAUUUUGCUUCAACAAAUGGACAAGGCUUUUAGAGUCUUUAGUGUGGUACGU